GCGGCGGUUGGAGGAUCCGGACGUAUGGCGGUGAGCGGAGACCCGCGGCUGAGCCAAGCCGUCAGCCAGUGGCUGCAGUGGGACAAGAAUGCCAAAACAAUAGCAGAAGUCCAGCAGUUGGUGGCUGAUGGGAAGGUUAAAUUGCUGCGUGAAUAUUUUGGGUCAAGGAUGGUGUUUGGAACAGCAGGACUCCGGUCAAUGAUGGCACCAGGAUUUUCUCAUAUUAAUGACCUUACAAUUAUUCAGACAACCCAGGGGUUGUGCAGAUACCUGGAAAAAUCAUUCCCAGAUUUACAAACCAGAGGUGUAGUGAUUGGAUUUGAUGCACGUGCUCACCCUUCCAGUGGAAGCAGCAGCGAAAGAUUCGCCAGACUUUCUGCCACUGUACUGAUUAGCCAGAAGAUUCCUGUACAUCUUUUCAGUCAGAUAACACCAACCCCCUUUGUGCCAUAUACAGUGUCUCAACUGAAUUUGUGUGCUGGAAUCAUGGUAACAGCAUCUCACAACCCAAAACAGGAUAAUGGUUACAAGGUGUAUUGGUCUAAUGGAGCCCAGAUUAUUCCACCUCAUGACCAAGAAAUCUCCAAGGCUAUUGUUGAAAAUUUAGAGCCAUGGUCACAGUCGUGGGAUGACAAACUUGUUGACAGCAGUACACUUAUUAAGGAUCCUUAUCAGAGUAUGAAUGAAAAAUAUUUUCAGGAUCUUCAGAAACAUUGCUUCCACAGGAACAAAAAUAAGGAAACAAAACUGAAAUUUAUCCAUACGUCUCUGCAUGGAGUUGGACAUGAAUUUGUACAGUCGGCUUUCAAAGCAUUCGACUUUGCUCCUCCUAUUGCAGUUCCAAAGCAGAAAGAUCCUGAUCCAGAAUUCACAACAGUCAAAUUCCCAAAUCCUGAAGAGGGCAAAGAUGUCCUGAAAUUAUCUUUCUGCUUGGCUGAGAAAGAGGGAGCCACAGUCAUUUUAGCAAAUGACCCAGAUGCCGAUCGACUUGCUGUAGCUGAGAAGCAGCAACGUGGGGAGUGGAAAGUGUUCUCUGGCAAUGAGCUGGGUGCCUUGUUGGGCUGGUGGAUUUUUAACUGCUGGAAAAGCCUACAUCCUGAAAAGGAUGAUGUGAAAAAUGUGUACAUGAUGGCCAGCACUGUUUCCUCAAAGAUCCUCAGGGCAAUUGCACUAAAGGAAGGAUUCCAUUUUGAGGAAACCUUAACUGGAUUUAAAUGGAUGGGGAGCAGAGCCAAAGAACUUGUGGAUCAGGGCAAGACUGUGCUUUUUGCCUUUGAGGAAGCUAUAGGUUAUAUGUGCAGUGAAUCUGUCCUGGAUAAAGAUGGUGUCAGUGCUGCUGCAAUUGCUGCUGAAUUGGCCAGUUAUUUGGCAACCAAGGAUCUCACCUUGACUCAGCAGCUCAAAGCAAUUUAUGAAGAAUAUGGUUAUCAUCUCACAAAGGCUUCGUAUUUCAUCUGCCAUGACCCUGAAACAAUUCAACGUUUGUUCAAGAAACUAAGAAACUAUGAUGGAGAGAACCAAUACCCGAAACAUUGUGGCAAAUUUGAAAUCUCAGAUGUUCGAGAUUUAACCACUGGCUAUGACAGCAGCCAACCUGAUAAAAAAGCCAUCCUUCCGACCAGCAAAAGCAGCCACAUGAUUACCUUUACAUUUGCCAAUGGAUGUGUAGCCACCAUAAGAACAAGUGGGACAGAACCCAAAAUCAAGUACUACGCUGAACUAUGUGCACCUCCUGGAAACAGUGACCCAGAGCGGCUGAAGGAGGACCUCAAUGAUUUGGUCAAUGCUUUGGUGAAAUAUUUCUUCCAACCAGAUGAAAAUGGUUUGAUAUCUCAAUCUCCCUGAAGCCUUUCUGAAUUUUUCCCACACCUGUUGAUUUAAUAUUAAGUUGUUGUUAAUGUUAAUUAGGAUACAGUUACUUAUUGAAUUAUGAAUGU